UAACUUUUGACCUCUUAUCGGAUCGGAUCAUGGAGUCGAGUAUUUUGCUGUUUUUGGGCUCGCUCCUGCUGCAUGCUGCUAUAGGACAGUACAAUGUGGAUGAUUCUGGUGGCACUGGACCAAAAUUUGAUGGUAUUGGUGGAUUAAGCGGAGGAGGAGCUACUUCCAGACUCUUGCCUAGCUACAGCACUGAGGCUGUGUCUCAGAUUUUUGAUUUAUUGUUUAAGCCAAAUUUUGCUGCUUCUCUACAAAUUUGUAAAGUUGAAAUUGGCGGAGAUGGACAAAGCACAGAUGGUACAGAGUCAUCACACAUGCAUAGUCAAGAUGAUGAGAAUUAUCAUCGUGGAUAUGAAUGGUGGAUCAUGACUGAAGCUAAAAAGCGCAAUCCUAACAUCAAGUUAUACGGACUGUCAUGGGCUUAUCCUGCUUGGGUCGGUAAUGGUAGUGGUAGUCCAUACAAGUACCCUGAACUGACAGCUGGUUAUAUCGUUAAGUGGAUUCAGGGAGCUAAGAGUACUUACGGACUGACAUGA